AAGCUCCAAACGGCCCCAAAGCUUAUGCGGAGUAGAUUAGAGUAAAGUACAUUUAGCCCCCCUAAACUAUGAAUUAUUUCCCAACAUAUCGCCGCCGUCUGGACACAGAAUAGAGCAACCCCCUAACCCUCAAUUCCUCCGUCGCGACCAGACUAUCGCAUUUUCUCAUCGCUAAUUUUUCCUCUCUCUAUGAAAUUAUCGCCAUAACACAGGCCUCAUUCGUCUGAUCGAUUCAUCUCAAGUUGUGGUGGUGGUGAAGAAAGAGAUAUGGCUAGGGAUGAGGAUUUGUCGCGGUCGCGGCCGUACAGGCGGAGGUAUUCGCCAUCGCCAUCGCCGUCGCCUGUGAAGCACAGCAGGUAUAGCAGGAGAAGCCGGAGGGAUAGAAGCCGAUCUCCGUAUUCUUAUACCAGGCAAAGAAGUCGUUCAAUUUCCCCUCGACGCCGCAGAAGUCCAUCUCCAACUCCAAGACGGCACAAGACUCGGUCUCCAACACCAAGACAUUAUAGGAGACACAGAAGUAUUAGUACUUCAUUAUCUCCUAUAACUAAAUUGCGCAGUCCAAGUACUGGGUCAAAAGAGCACAAAAAUGCUGGUGUAAAAGUGAGAAAAGAAGAUGAAGAAGAGAAGAAAAGGCGUCAACAAGAGGCGGAAAUGAAACUGAUAGAAGAAGAAACUGCAAAAAGAGUGGAAGAAGCAAUACGGAAGAAAGUUGAAGAGAGCUUGGACUCUGAGGAAACUAAGCUCGAAGUACGGAGGCAAUUGGAGGAAGGUAGAAAUAAACUUCUUGAUGAGGUUGCGGCUCAACUUGAAAAAGAGAAGGAAGCUGCUCUCAUUGAGUCAAAGCAAAAAGAGGAACAAGCUCGAAAGCAGAAAGAAGAGCUGGAAAGGAUGCUUGAAGAGAACAGGAGGAAGGUGGAAGAAGCUCAGAGAAGGGAAGCUUUAGAGCAGCAGCGAAGGGAGGAGGAACGUUAUCGAGAACUGGAGGAGCUUCAAAGACAAAAAGAAGAGGCAAUGCGAAGGAAGAAGCAGCAAGAGGAAGAAGAACGUGCAAACCAGCUCAAGUUGUUGGGCAAGAACAAAACCAGGCCGAAAGUGUCGUUUGCAAUUGGCUUCAAAUGACUAAUGAACAGUGUCCUUUAUGCAUGUGAUCAAUGAACGGCGAUCUAUACGUACUUAUUGUUUGCUGUUUAUGUUUGUCUUUUGAUUUUCUAAGUUCGAAUAUGUUAUCUUAUGCUUUAUCUUUAUAAGAAAAUAAGCUACUUGACUUUAGCUUGUAAUUAACUUGUUUAAAGCUUGUAUGAGAUCAACUUGACCGAUACGGAAACCAAGUUUGCACAUGCAUAAGCUAAUAUUCAAGACAAGUUAGAACAACU